GUUGGGAAUUGCGUGGCCUUAACUGUUAUAAAUACUUCAACAUAAAACAUUCAUGGGAAAAGAGCGCUGAGCUGUGUCGAAGAUAUGGCGCCGAACUUGUUGCUAUUGACACCUAUGCGGAGAAUAAUAACACACUCGCCAUUGCGCGCACAAACGAUCCCAAUCGACGCGCCUCCGAUAAAUAUUGGUUAGGUUUGGCCUCGCUGGACGAUCUGCGCACCAAUACCUUGGAGUCCGCUUCGGGCGCGCUCAUCUCACAAUACUCCGGUUUCUGGUCACUCAAUCAACCCGACCCGAUGUCCGGCGAGUGUGUUGCCGCCACUUUCGCAUCGCGCAUGCAAUCCUGGGGUUUGGACACUUGCGAGAGUCUGCUGCCGUUCAUGUGCCGCGCGCCGGCAUGUCCGCAAAACUCCAUACAUUGCUCGAAUGGCUUGUGCGUCAAUCAGGCGUUUAAGUGUGAUGGCGCUGAUGAUUGUGGCGAUGGUUCGGAUGAGUUGGAUUGUCCGGCACAGUGUCACUAUCACAUGCAAUCGGGCGGUGAUGUGAUUGAAACACCAAAUUAUCCACAUAAAUAUGCGGCGAUGAGCAAAUGCAAGUGGACAUUAGAGGGUCCAUUGGGUAGCAAUAUCAUAUUGCAGUUCCAAGAAUUCGAAACGGAAAAGACAUUCGAUACAGUGCAAGUGUUGGUCGGCGGACGCACCGAGGACAAGUCGGUGUCGUUGGCAACGCUGAGCGGCAAGUUGGAUUUGACGAUGCAACCAUUUGUGUCGGCAUCCAAUUUUAUGAUUGUCAAAUUCACUACGGAUGGUAGUGUAGAGCGUAAGGGUUUCCGCGCCACUUGGAAGACGGAGGCAAAGAAUUGUGGUGGCGUAUUGAAGGCGAAUCUGCAGCGUCAAACUUUGACGAGUCCGAAUUAUCCGAAACAAUAUCCCGGCGGCUUGGAGUGUUUGUACAUCAUCAAGGCGCAACCGGGACGCAUUAUUUCGAUUGAGGUAGAUGACUUGGAUGUGGCCGAGUCACGUGAUGUGCUGCUUAUACGCGAUGGUGAAUCGCCAAUGAGUCGACCCAUCGCACGCUUGACGGGUAAAGCUAAGGACAAUGAGAAAGUUAUUAUCUCGACUGGUAAUGCUUUGUAUCUCUACUUCAAAUCGAGCUUGGGUGAGUCGGGUAAAGGUUUCAGCUUACGUUAUAUACAGGGCUGCAGGGCAACAAUCACAGCACGUAACGGCACUGUGACCUCGCCCGCCUACGGUUUGGAGGAUUAUCCAAAGAACCAGGAAUGUUAUUUCACCAUACGCAACCCAAGCGGUUCACCACUCUCAUUGAAAUUUGAUAAGUUUAUGGUACACAAGAGCGAUUUCGUGCAAGUCUAUGAUGGUUCCUCAACAGCUGGUCUGCGUUUGCAUUCGGGUGAUGGCUUCACAGGCACAGUAGCGCCUAAGCUAACGUUGACUGCCUCAUCUGGCGAGAUGUUGAUCAAAUUCACCUCAGAUGCGCUGCAUAAUGCGGCUGGCUGGUCCGCCACCUUCUCUGCCGAUUGUCCUGAGCUCAAACCUGGCAUAGGCGCUUUGGCUUCGAGUCGUGAUACCGCUUUUGGCACUGUGGUGAAGUUUACUUGCCCCAUUGGACAAGAGUUUUCGACUGGCAAGAAUAAAAUCGUUACUGAGUGCAUGAAGGGUGGUAACUGGAGCGUUUCGUACAUACCUAAAUGUCAAGAGGUCUACUGUGGUCCAGUGCCGCAAAUUGAUAACGGCUUCUCCAUCGGCUCGUCGAACGUCACAUAUCGCGGCGUCGCCAUGUAUCAGUGCUAUGCCGGCUUCGCUUUUGCUUCGGGCGCGCCAAUUGAGAAGAUUUCCUGUCUGCCCGAUGGCCGUUGGGAACGCACGCCCACUUGCAUGGCCUCACAAUGCUCUCCGCUACCCGAAGUGCCGCAUGCAAAUGUGACGCUGUUAAAUGGCGGCGGUCGCAGUUACGGUACUAUCGUGCAAUACGAGUGUGAAUCGGGUUAUGAACGUAAUGGUCACCCGGUGCUGAUUUGUAUGUCUAACGGCACUUGGAGCGGUGAUGUGCCACGUUGCACGCGCAAGCGUUGUUACGAAUAUCCGAAAAUCGAUAAUGGUUUUGUCGUGGACUCAGCACGUCCCUACUACUACGGCGAUGAUGCACGCGUGCAGUGCUAUAAGGGUUACAAGCUGAUCGGUAGCAAUAUCAUACGUUGUAAUUCGGAACAAAUCUUUGAGAAUCCACCCACCUGUGAAGAUAUCAACGAAUGCACGUCGACCCAAUGUGAUUUGGCCACCACAGAGUGCAUGAACACGAAUGGUUCAUUCCAUUGUCAGUGUCGCGCAGGUUUUGCGCCAACACCGGAGUGUCGUCCGGUCGGUGAUUUGGGUUUGGCCAAUGGUGGUAUACCCGAUGACAGUAUUAUGACUUCGUCCAGUGAGGAAGGUUACACGAAGAGUUUUGUGCGCCUCAAUUCAGCUGGCUGGUGUGGCGCGCUUGUCGAACCGGGUGCAAAUUGGAUUUUGAUUGAUCUCAAAGCACCAACUAUACUACGUGGUUUCCGUACGAUGUCCGUGCAACGUUUCGAUGGCAAUGUCGCAUUCACUUCUGCCGUGCGUCUACAGUAUACCGAUGAUCUUACCGAUGUUUUCAAAGAUUAUACCAAUCCCGAUGGCACUGCUGUUGAGUUCCGCAUAUUAGAACCCACUCUGUCUAUUCUCAAUCUACCAAUGCCCAUCGAGGCACGUUAUAUACGCUUCCGCAUACAGGAUUAUGUCGGUGCACCUUGUAUACGCAUGGAGCUGAUGGGCUGCACACGUUUGGACUGUGUGGAUAUUAAUGAGUGCGCAAAGAAUAACGGUGGUUGCGAUCAGAAAUGUGUGAACUCACCCGGUAGUUAUGGUUGCUCUUGCAAUACGGGCUAUCAACUCUUCGCAGCUAACGGUACAGCUGGCUUUAGCAUUGAACGCACCGAAACAGGCGAACGCGAUGGCGAUACCUAUCAGCGUAAUAAGACUUGUGUGCCACUGAUGUGCCCACCACUGUUGGAACCUGAGAACGGCAAGCUCUUGACCGACAAGAACGAUCAUCACUUCGGUGAUGUUGUGCGAUUCCAAUGUAAUUUCGGUUAUAUUAUGUCAGGCAGCGCCGCUGUGCUUUGUCUCUCGACGGGUCAGUGGAACGCCACGGUACCGGAAUGUAACUAUGCCAAGUGUGUAUCCUUACCUGAUGACAAGCUAGAGGGCUUAGCUGUCGAACGUCCUGAUCCCGAAUCCGUGCUAGUGCCCUUCCGUGAUAAUGUAACCAUUACCUGCAGUGCACCAGGCCGUAAGCUACGCAAUACAGCCACUUCAGGUUUUCGUCAGUGUGUGUACGAUCCCAAACCCGGUUUACCCGACUAUUGGCUAUCUGGCUCGCAGCCUUCUUGUCCACGCGUCGAUUGCUAUCAACCAAUGUCAACACCUGGCGCAGAAUAUGGACAAUUUGUAGACACACGCUUCCAGAGCUCAUUCUUCUUCGGCUGUCAGAAUACAUUCAAGUUAGCCGGCCAGACGUCCCGUCACGAUAAUGUCGUGCGCUGUCAAUCCGAUGGUAUUUGGGACUUUGGUGAUUUGCGUUGCGAAGGACCCGUGUGUGAGGAUCCUGGUCGUCCAAGUGAUGGUCGCCAAAUCGCGCGCAGUUACGAACAGGGUUCGGAAGUAUACUUCGGUUGCAAUCGUCCCGGUUAUAUAUUGAUUAAUCCACGUCCGAUUACUUGCAUACGCGAACCUGAAUGCCGUGUAAUCAAACCUUUGGGUGUUACUUCAGGUAAGAUACCUGAUUCAGCUAUUAAUGCCACAUCGGAGCGUCCGAAUUACGAGGCUAAGAAUAUACGUUUGAACUCUGCGACUGGCUGGUGUGGCAAGCAGGAGGCUUUCACUUAUGUCAGCGUCGAUUUGGGUCAGAUACAUCGUGUGAAGGCGAUUUUGGUUAAGGGUGUGGUUACCAAUGAUAUUGUGGGACGUCCCACCGAGAUACGUUUCUUCUACAAACAAGCUGAGAAUGAGAAUUAUGUAGUGUAUUUCCCUAAUUUCAAUUUGACUAUGCGCGAUCCCGGCAACUAUGGUGAAUUGGCGAUGAUUACGCUACCCAAAUAUGUGCAGGCACGUUUCGUUAUUUUGGGUAUCGUCAGCUAUAUGGAUAAUGCAUGCUUGAAAUUCGAGCUGAUGGGUUGCGAAGAGCCCAAGAAGGAACCACUGCUAGGUUAUGAUUAUGGUUACUCACCAUGCGUGGACAAUGAACCACCGAUCUUCCAGAACUGCCCACAACAACCGAUCAUUGUGCGGCAUGAUGAGAACGGCGCUGUGUUGCCGGUCAACUUCACCGAACCUACUGCCGUCGACAACUCUGGCUCCAUUGCGCGUCUCGAAGUCAAGCCACAAAACUUCAAGACUCCCUCUUAUGUGUUCAAGGAUACUGUGGUGAAAUAUGUCGCUUUCGAUUAUGAUGGUAAUGUGGCUAUCUGCGAGAUCAACAUUACCGUACCCGACGUCACGCCACCGCUGCUGCAAUGUCCACAAAGUUACGUCAUCGAAUUGGUGGAACGUCAAGAUAGCUACAACGUGAAUUUCAACGACACACGUAAACGUAUUAAGACAUCUGAUGAGUCUGGCGAUGUGCGCGUAACUUAUACACCCGAACACGCUAUCAUACCCAUUGGUGGCUAUGAGAAUGUUACCGUUACAGCCACUGACAAGUACAACAAUCGCGCCUUCUGUCACUUCCAAGUCUCGGUGCAAGCUUCACCAUGUGUGGAUUGGGAACUGCAACCACCAGCGAAUGGCGCUAUCAAUUGUUUAACUGGCGAUCGUGGCAUAGAGUGCAUAGCGACUUGUAAACCCGGCUUCCGUUUCACUGAUGGCGAACCUUUGAAGUCAUUCUCUUGCGAAACAUCGCGUUUGUGGAAGCCCACUUCGGUUGUGCCCGACUGCGUUUCGGAAAAUACCGAACAAGCUGAUUAUCAAGUUACUGCCACUGUCACUUAUCGCGCUAACGGCGCUGUUGCACAGGCGUGUCUCAAUCAAUAUCAAGAUAUGCUCUCACAACACUACGCCGGUUUGAACCGUCUACUGUCGCAGCGCUGCUCGGCUGUCAAUGUUAAUAUGAAUGUGUCAUUCGUGAAAUCGGUGCCCAGCUUGUUGGAGGAAAACGUCGUGAAGAUGGACUUUAUACUCUCGAUCCUGCCAGCCGUUAGACAACCACAAUUGUACGAGCUUUGCGGCUCUACGCUCAACUUGAUAUUCGACUUGAGUGUGCCCUAUGCCAGCGCAGUCAUCGACUCGCUGCUAAAUAUCUCCAACAUCGGCAAUCAAUGUCCACCGCUGCGCGCACUCAAGAGUAACAUUUCGCGUGGCUUCACCUGUAGUAUUGGUGAAGUGCUGAAUAUGGAUACGAGUGAUGUGCCGCGUUGUCUGCAUUGUCCCGCUGGCACUUAUGUCAUAACCGGUCAAAGCGUGUGUACCAACUGUCCACGUGGCUACUAUCAGAACCGCGAUCGCCAGGGCACUUGUCUACGUUGUCCGGCUGGCACUUACACUAAGGAGGAAGGUUCAAAGGCGCUAGCUGAUUGUAUACCUGUCUGCGGUUACGGCACGUACUCGCCAACGGGGUUGGUACCUUGUUUGGAAUGUCCACGUAACUCAUACACCAGUGAUCCACCAACUGGUGGCUUCAAGGAUUGCACUGCAUGUGCUCAAAACACUUUCACUUUCCAACCGGCCGCUUCUACAAAGGAUCUGUGUCGUCAGAAGUGCGCACCAGGCUUCUACUCAUACACUGGCCUAGCACCGUGCUCACCCUGCCCGGUCAACUACUAUCAGAGCGCAAUUGGCGCACAAACUUGCAAUGAGUGCCCAACUAAUAUGCGUACCGAAGGUCCUGGCGCAAAAGGACGGGAGGAAUGCAAGCCGGUGGUGUGCGGUGAGGGCGCUUGCAUGCAUGGUGGUCUCUGUGUGCCCAUGGGUCACGGUGUACAGUGCUUCUGUCCGGCUGGUUUCUCCGGCAGACGCUGUGAGAUCGAUAUUGAUGAAUGCGCUUCACAGCCUUGUUACAAUGGUGGCUCUUGUACUGAUCUACCACAAGGUUAUCGCUGCGAGUGUCCACCCGGUUAUUCGGGCAUCAAUUGUCAGGAAGAAGCGAGCGAUUGCAGCAAUGAUACCUGUCCGGCACGUGCUAUGUGCAAGAAUGAACCUGGUUUUAAGAACUACACCUGUUUGUGUCGCAGCGGUUAUACUGGCGCCGAUUGUGAUGUGACCAUCGAUCCUUGCACGGCGAAUGGCAAUCCAUGCGCGAAUGGCGCAAGCUGCUUGGCCUUACAACAGGGUCGCUACAAAUGUGAUUGCUUGCCUGGUUGGGAGGGUAUACAUUGCGAACAAAAUAUUGAUGACUGCGCUGAGAAUCCGUGCCUGUUGGGCGCGAACUGCACUGAUCUGGUGAAUGACUUCCAAUGUGGUUGCGCACCUGGCUUCACCGGUAAACGUUGUGAGGAGAAGAUCGACUUGUGCUUAUCAGAGCCGUGCAAGCAUGGUACCUGCGUUGAUCGACUCUUCGAUCACGAGUGUGUCUGUCAUCCGGGUUGGAGCGGCGAUGCUUGUGAUAUUAAUAUUGAUGAUUGCGCUAAUGAACCAUGCGCUAAUGAUGGCGUCUGCGUGGACUUGGUGAAUGGUUACAGCUGUACCUGCGAGCCUGGUUAUACUGGCAAAAAUUGCCAGCAUACUAUUGAUGAUUGUGAAUCGAGCCCCUGCCAGAAUGGCGCUACAUGUGUAGAUCAAUUGGAUGGUUUUACCUGCAAGUGUCGUCCAGGUUUUGUUGGUCUCAGUUGUGAGGCGGAGAUCGAUGAGUGUUUGAGUGAUCCAUGCAACCCAGUGGGCACUGAACGCUGUCUCGAUCUGGAUAACAAAUUUGAAUGCGUAUGCCGUGAAGGCUUCACAGGCGCAUUCUGUGAGACAGACAUUGAUGAUUGCGAGACCAGUCCUUGCUUGAAUGGUGGGCAGUGUCGCGAUCGUGUUGCUGGCUUUGAGUGUACUUGCUUGGAGGGUUGGCGUGGUGUGCGUUGCGAACGUCAGAUUACAUCGUGUGGUGGUCAGUCGCCAUGCCAGAAUGACGCCAACUGCAUUGAUUUAUUCCAGGACUACUUCUGCGUGUGUCCGAGUGGUACUGAUGGCAAGAAUUGUGAGACCGCGCCUGAACGUUGUAUCGGCAACCCAUGCAUGCAUGGCGGUAAGUGUCAAGAUUAUGGCUCUGGAUUGAACUGUACAUGCCCAGCUGAUUUCUCCGGUAUUGGCUGUCAAUACGAGUUCGACGCUUGUGAUGCAAAUGUUUGCCAGAAUGGCGCAACCUGCAUUGACUAUGGCAAUGGCUACUCUUGCGCCUGCCCACCUGGUUAUACGGGUAAAAACUGCGAGGAUGAUAUUGUCGACUGUAAGGACAACUCAUGUCCACCUGGCGCUACUUGCAUCGAUCUGACGAAUGAUUUCUACUGUCAGUGCGCCUUCAAUAUGACCGGCGAUGACUGUCGCAAGACAAUACAAGUAGACUACGAUUUAUACUUUAGCGAUCCAUUGCGCUCCACCGCCGCGCAAGUGGUACCUUUCUACACUGGCGAGACCAACAGUCUAACUAUCGCAAUGUGGGUACAAUUCGCGCAAAAGGACGAUACUGGCAUCUUCUUCACCCUCUACGGCGUGCAAUCACCACACAUCGCCAACCAUCGCCGCUUGCUCUUGCAAGCGCAUUCAAGUGGUGUGCAGGUUUCCAUCUUCGAAGAUCUGCCUGACGCUUUCCUCUCCUUCGGUGAAUACACUUCAGUUAAUGACGGACAAUGGCAUCAUGUGGCGAUACUUUGGGAUGGUGUAAGCGGUCAACUGCAGUUGAUUACGGAGGGUCUUAUCGCGAGCAAAAUGGAAUAUGGUUUCGGACGUACUCUGCCCGAAUAUGCGUGGGCCGUACUUGGACGUCCUCAACCCGAUGAUACAACACAUUCAGCUUCGUAUGCCGAGUCCGGUUUCCAGGGUACAAUUACUAAAGCGCAAGUUUGGGGACGCGCUUUGGAUAUCACUUCCGAAAUACAGAAACAAGUGCGUGAUUGCCGCUCAGAGCCUGUGCUCUAUCAUGGUCUGGUACUAAACUGGGCCGGUUACGAAGUCACAUCUGGUGGUGUCGAACGUACAGUGCCUUCAAUGUGUGGUCAACGUAAAUGCCCUAACGGUUAUCAAGGUCCGAACUGCCAACAAUUGGUUGUCGAUAAAGAACCACCAACAGUGGAACAUUGUCCAGGUGACUUGUGGGUCAUUGCUAAGAAUGGCUCCGCCGUGGUAACUUGGGAUGAACCACACUUCAGUGACAACAUUGGCGUAACUAAGAUUAUUGAACGUAAUGGUCAUCGUCCGGGUACCACCUUGCUUUGGGGCUCUUAUGACAUAACCUACAUAGCUUCGGAUGCUGCAGGCAAUACUGCCACAUGCAGCUUCAAGGUUGCUCUGCUGACUGAAUUCUGUCCACCUUUGGCCGAUCCAGUUGGCGGUGUGCAAGUAUGCAAAGAUUGGGGCGCAGGCGGUCAAUUUAAGGUUUGCGAAAUCUCUUGUAAUCCUGGCUUACGCUUCUCGGAGGCUGUACCCGACUUCUAUACUUGUGGCGCUGAAGGUUUCUGGCGUCCAACACGCGAACCAUCCAUGCCAAUGAUUUACCCAUCCUGCUCACCUUCCAAACCUGCACAACGCGUCUUCCGCAUUAAGAUGCUCUUCCCUUCGGAUGUGCUCUGCAACAAGGCUGGCCAAGGUGUGCUGCGUCAAAAGGUGACGAACUCGGUGAAUGCGCUCAAUCGUGACUGGAACUUCUGCUCAUACUCUGUGGAGGGUACACGCGAAUGCAAGGAUAUCAAGAUUGAUGUGAAAUGCGAUCACUACCGUGCGGCCCAAAGUCAACGUGUCAGUCGCCAGGUCAAGGAUGGUGGUGUCUACGUCAUGGAGGCAGAGAUUCCAGUGCUCAACGAAAACGAUGAAGUGGAGACGCGCAGUCGUCAGGGACGCCAACAAGCCGGCGGCGAUACGUACAUGCUGGAGAUACUCUUCCCGGCAGUGAACGACCCGGUAAUCCACUCGAGCACAGGUGAACGUUCGACCGUAAAGAAUCUCUUGGAAAAACUUAUACUCGAAGAUGAUCAAUUCGCCGUACAAGACAUUCUACCCAACACCGUACCCGAUCCAGCUUCGCUGGAAUUGGGGUCAGAGUAUGCCUGCCCCGUUGGACAGGUGGUUAUGAUACCCGACUGUGUGCCAUGUGCCAUUGGCACCUAUUACGAUACGGCGAAUAAGACUUGUGUUGCCUGUGAGCGCGGCACUUAUCAAUCGGAGGCGGGACAACUGCAAUGCAGCAAGUGUCCAGUGAUUGCCGGUCGAACAGGUGUUACUGCCGGUCCCGGCGCACGUUCGGCAGCCGAUUGUAAGGAACGUUGUCCAGCUGGUAAAUACUUUGACUCGGACACUGGCUUGUGUCGCUCUUGCGGUCAUGGCUUCUACCAGCCCAACGAAGGUUCAUUCAGCUGUGAACUGUGUGGACUCGGUCAGACUACACGCUCCAGUGAGGCCACCUCACGCAAGGAAUGUCGCGAUGAAUGCAGUUCUGGUCAACAGCUUGGCAUCGAUGGCCGUUGUGAGCCAUGCCCACGUGGCACGUAUCGCACACAGGGCGUACAACCAUCAUGUGUCAAUUGUCCGCUUGGCCGUACAACACCGAAAGUGGGCGCCAAUUCUGUGGAGGAAUGCACACUGCCUGUCUGCUCACCCGGUACUUAUCUCAACGGUACACUCAAUAUGUGUGUGGAAUGUCGCAAGGGCUACUAUCAGCCGGACUCACAGCAAACCUCGUGCAUACAAUGUCCACCCAAUCACAGUACUAAGAUUACGGGCGCCACCGCCAAGUCGGAGUGCACCAACCCAUGCGAACAUAUUGCCGAGGGUCGUCCACAUUGUGACCCUAAUGCUUAUUGCAUAUUGGUGCCUGAAACGUCGGACUUCAAGUGUGAGUGCAAACCUGGCUUCAAUGGUACUGGUAUGGAGUGCACGGACAUGUGCGAUGGCUUCUGCGAGAAUUCCGGCACUUGUGUUAAAGAUCUCAAGGGUACACCAUCAUGCCGUUGCAUUGGCUCUUUCACCGGUCCGCAUUGUGCGGAACGCUCUGAGUUUGCCUAUAUUGCCGGUGGUAUUGCGGGUGCCGUUAUCUUUAUCAUCGUCAUUGUGCUGUUGAUUUGGAUGAUCUGCGUACGUUCGACCAAGCGUCGCGAUCCAAAGAAAAUGCUCACACCAGCUAUCGAUCAAACCGGUUCGCAGGUGAACUUCUACUACGGUGCGCAUACGCCUUAUGCGGAGUCUAUUGCGCCGUCACAUCACAGCACCUAUGCGCAUUACUACGAUGACGAGGAGGACGGCUGGGAGAUGCCGAACUUCUACAACGAGGCGUACAUCAAGGAUGGCGGUGGUCUGCAUGGCGGUAAAAUGAGUACAUUGGCGAGGUCGAAUGCUUCGCUGUAUGGAACUAAAGAAGACUUAUAUGAUCGACUGAAACGACACGCAUACACUGGCAAGAAAGAGAAGAGCGACAGUGACAGCGAAGUACAAUAAGCGCAAAACGCGCCAAACUCGAAACACAUACGCAAACACACACACAUAUAUAUAUAUACAUAUAUACAAGUGCACAUGCAUAGUAGUGUCGUCCAACAAAGGGCAGCAAUAAAGAAUUGUGGUCAUAAAAUUAACGAAUCUGCGUCACUUGGCAAAUUUAACGACGCUGAUACAUUGUAUUUAAAUGCGAAUAGAUUUUAGCUUAGACUCGUACGAUUUAGUAGUGAAGUGCAGCAA